UCGCGUCUCCGGAAUACCACCAUCUACGACCAGUAUGUUCAGCAUUCUCCCACCAGAACUCGUACUUUCGGUUUUCUCGUAUCUCCCAAUACCUGCCAUUCACUCGCUUCAACUGGCCUCCAAAGAGUAUGAUACAUUUAUCAGAACGAACCAGUCAACGAUAUACCACCACGCGGCCGUCGUUCAUGGUUUCAUUUCAUCAACAGCUGUUGGUUUUGAUCAAUUGAGUUCAUCGGGAUACUCGUUUAGGAUGUUGGAUGGACUAUGUAGCAGCUGGAAAGCCUUUUGUCGAAGACACACACAACAAGAAAAAAGCUGGAAAGGGAAAGGACCGUCUCGAGUUGUAAGCUAUACAGCGACCGGAACCAACGUUCACCGUAUCAAAGUUGACGAGCGCAAUCGAUUCGUCAUCGCUAGUACCGGGCUUCGCCAGACUCAGAAUCCUGUCCCGGCCCUGAUUGUCUCGGAUAUGAAGGACACUGAUAAAAUACUUUGGAGUUUACCGUCCACAUACAUCAAAGAAUACGCUCACAUUGAAUACCAAAAUGGAUACUUGAUCUUUGACCGUUUAGGAGAUCGAAAGGAAGUUUGGCGGCUAGCUACUCUCAAGGAUCCCAGUCCACUACCCCCAGACAUUGACGUCGAGAAACCACCCAUUCCAUACGCGCAAAAGCAGCAGCUCGUAGCAUCACUGGAAGCAGCAACAGCCUAUGCACAUACAUAUCCUCACGGCCACUUUGUUCCACACGCACUCCUUGAGAUGCCUAGUCGAACACGGGCAUUCCGAUUUUUCUAUCCAACGCUUCUCGUGGGAGGAUACGAUCAUGCGUUUUGUUAUGACGUACCUACCAGGAAGUUGGUACAGACUGUAUCGUCUGUUCAGACGCCUCAGGUCAAUGGGGAGAGAUUAGCAACACUAGGGGAUCUAAAUUACGUCGAGGUCUCUCCUCGACAUGUGUUUAUAUGCGGAGAACACUCGUUAAGGGUUUUCAGUCGGGAGAGUGGAGGAUGUGUCUUUGAUAUGCCAAGCACAGCAAAAAGCUACGCUCGUCGAACCUUCCGCGUUCUUGGGGUGGGGAAGGACGCUGAUGACGAACUAGUGGCUAGGGAUCGCCUUGAGGUGUAUUCGGACCGAGAGAGAGGGUCAUGGGACUUAGUUGGGAUCAAUCAAGGAAUGGUUGCGAGUUUGAAAACUGUCGAGGUGGAACCUGAGCCUGAGCCUGAGGAUCAUAGGAUGUGGUUAGAUGAGUUUGUUGCUGUCCACGUAUCAGCCUGCGGAAACCAUCUCGUCGCUCUGCUCUCAAGCUCCCGCAUAGUUAUUGUCAGGAACUUUCUUCUUAUUCCUCUUUCCUCCGUACAAGCACAAAAGGAAAGCUCCAUUCAAGUGGACUUCGGUACACAGUAUUGUGCGGCACGGUAUUUGACAUUUGAAAAGGGGAGGGUGGUAUGUGCGUCGUCAGUAGGCCUGUUCAUCGUUGACGUGAACGAAAUCCUCGCCUCGCCUUCUCUCACUUCAAGCGAGCUUCAAGUACAAGUAUAUCGUAUCCCAGAAUUCAACGUCCUUUCGCUCCUCAGCCGUGUUUCGUGUCUUCAGCUGAGCGAUUCGGGGUUGUAUCUGACUUGGAGGAAAGAAAGAUUACGAACGCGGAUUUGGAAUGGCCGAGGAAACCCUAGCGAAAAGAAUGGUGAUUUCAAUGCCAUUGCCAGUGUUGAAGAACCUGGAUCCGAUGCCGAAGACGUCCCAAUGUCCGCUUCGGACGAUUCACAUCAAGAUACAUUCCCGCUUUGCAAACAACUCGAGGAAGAAGAAUUUUUUGAGACCGAGGUGGGGUUCCGCAUGUUGAUGGAGAGUGAAGGGACACAUUUAAUUCUUCCGAACGGUGACAUGUUUGUGUCGACGAUCAGUGUGGAUGCUGGGGAUGAAUUGGAGGAACUGGAGAGUAAUUGUACGGUUUGCGGGGUUGAUUUUGCGGUUUGGGAACCGGAGGAGGUGUAGUUGUUUGUCGGGGUUUUUUGGUUUACGUUUUUUGCUCGAUUUCAUUCCUUGUAGCCCUAGGACUUGUCUCCAUGAUUCGAUUUCACAAACAAUAUAGCUUAGAUUAUCUCAGAGAACGGUAGAAUUCAGAUUGAAUCUUACACUAAACCCGUUGAA